AUGCAGUGCAUCGCAGCAGUAGUCAUGGUGGCUUUGGCCGUCGUCGCCGAGUGCGGCGUACUUCCGGUUCCGGUGGUGUACUCCGCCCCCGAUACGACCGUUGUCCAGCAGAGCGUGGUGCCGAAAUAUGUCACAUCGAACGUCGCCUAUAAUGCCGCCCCAGCAGUCACCACCUACUCCGUUCCAGCGGUCGUCCAGCAGAAGUACAUCUCUGCGCCUGCCGUAGCCUACGCCACACCGUCCGUGUCCACCUACUCGAUACCGGAAACGACCGUCGUGCAGCAGAACGUCGCCCCCAAAUACGUUUCAGCUCCGAUCGAGUACUCGGCCCCAGUUGUCACUGCAUACACGGUUCCAGAGAAGACCGUUGUCCAGCAGAACGUCGCCCCGAAGUACGUCAGCUAUGCUGCUGCUCCUGCUGUGGCCACUAGCUAUGCUGCUCCUGCCGUAUCCUACGCCGCACCGGCUGUCUCCUACUCGUCUCGCACCGUCUCGUAUGCCGCUCCGGUUCCGGUCACUUACUCUGCCGCUGCUCCAGUGGCUCAAUACGAGACCGUAGCGACACCAGUUGCCUACUCCGCUCCGACUGUGUACUCGUCGGACUCGGAAGUGGUUGAUGCCGCACCGGCUGUUGCUGCCGUUGCUCCCGUGGAAUCAGUGGCCGUUGCUCAGCCAGCUGUUGCCGUUGUUGGAAAGCCGGAAGCUCGUUAUGUUGCUGCCACACCUGGUGCCGUCCAUGAUGCACCACUGGCCGGACAUACCGUCAACCAGCAGUCGUUCAAUGUGCAACCUGCACCUGGAACUCAGUAA